UGAAGGUCGGUGUGAGGUGCCAGGCGACGGGGCACCACUCGCCCGUGGGCCAUUCACGAGACUGGCACGGCGCCGCAACACUGCACGCUAUCAAGAGGAGGAGGAAGAUAAGCAUAAUCAACAAAGGAAGACACGAAUAAAGUAAAAAAAAAAAAAAAAAUGAAGACAUGAGAAGGAAAAAAAGGACAAAAGAUUAAAAAACGAGUGAAGUGUAGAACAAAAGAGAAAUAAAGAUUGGUGAUAAAACGAGAAUAAGACAAAGAUGAUCAAACUGAGGAAGCAAGUGAAGUGAAAUCUCGCUAAGUAGAACACCAUCAUGAAGGAAGAGAAGGAAUCCAUCUUUCCCUUCAGACGGAAAAGCACAAACAGACUUUCCCUUCACCUGGAGAGGAAGAAGGAGAAGAAGGAAGAUGGCCAACUCAAACGCGCUUCCUGGUCCUCUUUCCCACUCCUCCGUUUCUCCUCCUCCUCUUCCUCCUCCUCCUCCUCCUCCUCCCCAGCGGUUCCCGACAAGAGGGGUUUCGGGAGGAAGUGCAACAGUUCAGAGGAGAUCAAGCACUUAGGGAACAAGAACUCAAAGGGAAACUUCCAAAGGGGAUCAAACGCCAGUAUUCGCAGCUCUGUGUCCACGUCCUCAGCCUCAUCCACCUCCUCCAGCGUGCGCACGGGCGGCUCCAGCUCCAUCACUAGCAUCCUGGAGGGCUCGGGCUCAGACACCUUCUCCUGUGACUCUUACGGCGGGACUGUGAGUGACAGCCACCACUACUCGAGCAGCAGACUACCCAACGAGGCCACGCACCCCAGCCACCACGCUCACGGCCAUGCCACGAGGGCGGGGAGAGAUGACAGCCUCUCCCUUCCUUCACUGGGGCCAGAUGGCGGGAGCAGCAACACCCUGGGCGACACCUCCCCUAGGAUAGUGUACGCGCACCGCAAGACCCAGGACGUGCAGCACAGGUCACGGAAACAGCUGGUGCAGGAGCUCGAGUCAGUGAGGACUGGCUCCCUCCCUGGUGGGCUCGAGGCGCAUGUGCAGAGGACUAAACAGCUCGAGAAUAAGUUAUCCAUCCCUGCGACGGAGAAAGCCAAGCCAAAGCAGAAGAAGAGUUUCAGUUUCAUCCAUAAUUCUAAGUUUCUGGGUCGCCUCGAGGCUCGGACGAGGCGGGAAGCUAAGGGGACGUGUGAGGAGGAGGUCACGACGGAUUAUAGAGACGCAGGAUGUGGAGAUAAGAAGGCAGCAGCAUCCUCUAUCCAACCCUUGCUACCUCAUCACCAGGAGGCCUCGCCAGUACACCUCAGCCUCCACCAACGCAGCACGCCAGGCCGCCACUCUCCGCCUCUCCCGCCGCCACCGCCCGCUCCACGACUAGAGGCCCCGCGCUCCUCGCCAGCAGAGUACCGCCGCCACCAGGACACAGCUUCACUACACACCCCCUCGCCGCCACGGUACAACCACUCGCCCUCACCCUCACCUCAAGCACAGCACCACUCCCCGGGACGCCCCGCGUUUGCCUCAGCAAACCACAGUCAGUCAGUAACGAUCACCAGAUCCCCUCCACCUCCACCCUUCCUCACCCAGACAGACGAACAAGCUUCCCCGCCACAGUACUCCCUUGCUGCCUUCCUUAACGAGGCAUUCGGUAGCAGUGGCAGCAGCAGCAGUAUCAACACGAGCACCACCAACACCACCACCAACAACGGAAGUUUACCAGAGAGUCCGAGCGUGAAAACCCCAACCAUCACCACUACCACCACCACAAGCGUCACCGAAACCACCACGCAGCAGCAGAGCCAGCCGAGCAGUCGCUACACGGAGGCGUACAACCCGAGGUACCUGGAGACGAGCUUCGAUUCACCUUCAGAUUUUGUCAUUGAGAGGAACUACGCCAACCUGCUGCCCGAGAUACGUGACAUAUACCACCACGUGCUGCUUAAGGGCAAGGAUCCCCGCCUGCCGCUGUCCAGAAGUGAAUACGGCGACUUGGAAUUAAAGCAGCACUUCCUUGGCGUGAUCGGAGACACUAUCGAGGAGGAGGAGGAGGAGGAGGCAGCGGAGAGUGAGAGUGAGAUAGGGGAUUUGUUGUGCCAGGUGGAUAGCGAGUGCUUCGAGCGGACCAUGGAGGACAGGCUGGAGGAGAUGGCCGGCAAGGAGGAGGUGGACGCGGAGUGUGCACCGCUGGACGACGCCAAGGAGGGGGAGGAAAUCAAGGGAAGGAAGAGGACAGAACUCAAGCUGAAGCUGAUCAAGCCGGAGAAUAACAUGGUGAAAAGGGUUCAGAAGAGUCGCCUGCUGCGCCACAUCUCAGAGGAGAGCGAGUCUAUCAACAGCGCCGGGGAGGAAGAGAUCGAACUGAGGACGCCAAGCACGCCAAGGAGUCCUGCCAUCGACAUCGACAACGCCUUCGAGCUGAAACACCGUGAGAUCGCCGAGGACACUGACGAGAUGUCCCGCCUACGUGACCUGACGACGAGACUUCAGCUGACUACGAGGCGCCCUUCCUUCCUGGACUGGGCGGCGGUGCUGAAGGAGCGAGGGAAGCAGGUGGGCGAGGCGCUGGCCACCCACACGCCCACGGUGAUGGACGGGCGGGAGGAAGAGCAGGAGGCCGAGGAGGAACUGAGCAUGGACAGAAGGAAACAUAAUUUGCAAACUGCCGUGGAAUGGGUCAGAAAAGAGCUGACGGACAUGAGGCAGCAGGAUCAACAGCUGGCCAGACAAUUGCUACAGCUUCGCGUGGAGGUGCAGCGGCUACGGUUGGUGAACUCCUGCCUGGCCACCUCGUGUCUGCUGGAGGAGGUGGCGAGCGGGGCAGAGGAGGCGCGUAUGCUGGAAACCUCAGACUUAUGUGACCUUCCCCCAGAUCUGAGGGAGACCUUUUCGCCCGUGCUGAGAGAGAUGGGCCUGACCAGAAUGAACAUAACAAGUCGACGCUUCUCUCUACGGUGAUGCAGGACGAGCCAUACUGAGACAAGCACGAAGAGCAAAGAAACCCAGGAGUGUGAGCGAAAGAAAACGAAACGGAGUGACAUGUGACGCGUGAAAGAAAAAGAGAAAAGAAUGGAAAGAAAUUAAUGAAGAAAAGAAACAUGGUGACGAAAUGGCAGAGAGAGAGAGAGAGAGAGAGAGAGAGAGAGAGAGAGAGAGAGAGAGAGAGAGAGAGAGAGAGAGAGAGAGAGAGAGAGAGAUCUGUUGUCCUUCAUUUAUACAUUAACUUCAUGUAAAUACCCGUAUAUACUCUCACUCUCACUCUCUCUCACUCUCACUCUCUCUCUCUCUCUCUCUCUCUCUCUAGCAGGUGUUCUUCCUAACCUAAUCCUCCGCCUCUAUUCUCCUCUCACACACGCACAUAAGCCCUUCCUCCACUACUUCCUCUUGUUUUCCCGCUCUUUUUGUCUCUUCCAGUCCUCCCACGCAGCCUGUGUCAUCUCAGUCUUUUUUUUUAUCUCAUCCUUGACGGCGCUCUUGAUAAUUUCUCCCUUGACGCUUCAGAAGACAAGUUUCCUUAUUGUUUUCGUCCUUCACUUGUUUUUUUUUUUUUUCUCUCUAUUUGAUUUGUGUUACUUUUUUUUGUCAACUGUGCGUUUUUUUUUUCUAUUUUCCGUUGUUUUUAGUUUGUUUUGUUGUAUCCUUUUUUUUCGUUUUCUUCCACUGGUCUUCCGUUUUCUUCUUGUUCACUGUUUUCAUGUCUCUCGGUUUUCGCACCAUCCACGAACACAUUUACAUAUUUUCCUCUUAUUUCUUCCUAUAUUUCAAAACAUGUCUUGCUUUCUAACUCUACAGUGUCACAAACCUACACUUGCGUUAAAACUUCUCUUCUCGCCCAGCCCUACUUCUCUUCUCUACACCAUUCUUCACUAAACUAUUCUCGUAUUAAAAUCACUCGCUUACUAACUCUACACUUUCACAAACCUACACUUGCAUUAAAACUCGUCUUCUCUACACCAUUCUUCACUAAACUAUUCUCGUAUUAAAAUCACUCGCUUACUAACUCUACACUUUCACAAACCUACACUUGCAUUAAAAUUGGACUUCUUUAUCUACACCAUUCUUCAUUAAACUAUUCUCUUAUUAAAAAUUAUCUUGCUCACUAACUGUACACUUUCACAAACCUAUACUUCCAUUAAAACUCGUCUUCUCUUCACCAUUCUUCAUUAAACUAUUCUCGUAUGAAAAAUUCUCUUGCUUACUAAGUCUACAAUUCGUCACAAACCUACACUUGCAUCAAAACUGGUAUUAUUCUUCAUUAAACUGUUCUCUUAUUAAAAGUUCUCUUGCUUCCUGAUCCUACACCUUCACAAACCUACACUUGCAUUAAAAUUGGUCUUCUCUAUAUCACUUUUCAUUAAACUACUCUUCUUUGCUCACUAACUCUACAACUCGUCACAAAUCUACACAAACCUACUCUUGUAUUGAUUACUUUCCACACGAUUUAUCAUUAAAAUAUUCUUGUAUCAAAAA